AACAUCCAACUCUAAUGAGAAGUUACAACGACGAAGCUAAAACUUAAACGGCGAUCUAGACGGAAGAUCUUUGACUAUGUGAAGUCGAUGGGUGCUAUUCGGUCCCCCCUCCGACUCCAAAUCGGCGGUUUCAAAAAUUACUUGACCCUGACGCGUCGCGUGCACGCAGCUGCCCUUAUUCUUUCUUUUUGGUGUUUUUUUUUCCUUUUCGCGUUAGCGUGUGCGGAAUGCACCCGACUGGCGCGUCCUACAUUACCUUGCGAGCUCUUCCCAAGGCAUUGUCAGUCAAAGUUUUUGUCUUGAAUGACCAAUGCGAAAAAUUCCGCCACGCUAAGGCGUCGAAUAAAGACAAGUUACAUUGUCCUUGGGGGAAUUUGCCUUUAUCGGAGAGCUUCGACCUUGAUUUCCAUUUGCCACCGAAAUGCUUAAAAUCCAGGAGGACAAUCUCCCUCCCCACAUCGGUCCCCCUCGUUCUGCGUUCUUUUCUCAGUAUGUCUUCCACUGGCUUGGAAGACAUAUUCAUGGCGAACCGGGAGACCAUACAGCAAGUAUCUGCAGACGGCGUCAUUCCCGACAGGAACGACACACUUUGUGCGUAUGCUCCUCCCAGCACGAAUAGGUGGUUCUGCUCGUACAGCGGGGACACCCCAUGGUGCCUCUGGCACGACGGGCCAGCACUGGGGAGGUUCAUCGAUCUCUAUUCGCAGGUACGUCCAACGACGGGAGAAGACGUCCAUCGGAUAGAGUUUGUCAAUGGCGAGAUCGCGCACGAGCAUUCCCCUGGGUGGACGUUCUGUGCGCCGGCACCCACUCGGGAAUUUUGGGCGGCGUACCCGAAGCAUUAUGCGGAGCCUGGGAGCGGGCUUCCUCCUCUCGUUCCUUUAUCGUACCCGCAGGAUGGUGAGUUGGCCGCUCCUGCGAUACUGAAUGAGCAGGACAAGCCUCUGGAUCUUGAUCUGGGACACUGUCCGGGCCCCCUUCCUCCUCGUUCACCAUUGCCGGUCGUUAAAGUUGAAGCUCAAGAGCGCGAGAUCCGCCCGCUACCUCGUGGUGGUCGUGAACGCGCCGAGGCAUCUCCCGUCGCAGCCUCGCUCUCGCCCUCUUCGUCGCUAACAUUAUUCUCUCCCUCUCCUCCGCCCGAGCUCCGCUGCCUCUACCUCCACUGCGAUAACCGUUUCCCCUCCCUCGACAUGUUGUAUGCGCAUCUCCGAUCAUCCAAGCACCCCAAGGGGGAGGAGGAGGAGGAGGAGGAGAAGGGGAAAAAAAAGCACAAGUACCGUUGUGCGUUCCCGGGGUGCGUCCACAUGCUCGUGAACCGGGGGGAUUUCCCUCGGCACGCCGAGUCGGCGGGACAUUGCCCGGAACGGCGCUACGUGUGCGGGGGGUGCAGGAAGGGGUUUACGCGGGUGGAUGCACUGAAGAGGCAUCAGGUGAAUGAUGGGGCGAAGAAGGAGUGUAGGAAGGCAUGGAGGGAGGAGGAGAGGAUGAAGAUGGAGGAGGGGGCGAUGACGGUGGGGGGUGCUAGGAAGCGGAGGAGGACGAAGUAGGUGGGGUCCGGGCGCGUUAUUUGGACUGGAUAUAAGUAUUC